AUGUUCGAAAGACGCCCCAAAGCCCGCCGUCUCAGAGAAAGGCAUUUUGAUGCAGGCGUCUGCGUGGGGGGCACCUGCAAAUGCCUUAUCGGCUGGGCAGGCACGGACUGUUCUCAGCUGCAAUGCAACGACGGCGUCUGCCCCACCGGCUACACCUGCGACCCGGUCUCGGGCGUCUGCCUCACGGCGACCGCGUUCCCGUCGCCCUCACCUUCCGCGUCGCCCGCAAGCCCCGUCCAGCCCGCCCCUUCCUUCUCCCCGAUCCCCUCCCGUUCCCCAUCGCCUUCGGCGUCCGCAUCGCCGUCCGCAUCGGCCCUCCCGCCGUCCGCAUCCCCCAGCCCGUCCGUACAGCCGUCGCCGUCCGCGCGGCCGCUCACGGCACCAUCAGUUGUAUCCGGCAUUGUGUACUAUGGCUACCUGGCCAACUGCACGCUGUGCAUGGACGCAAACGGCAAUCGUCGGUGCGAUCUGGGGGAGGCGACGACCAUUACGAACGCGACUGGCGGCUUCGAGUUUCGACAGGUGACAAUCCAAAACUACGGGCCAGUCAUGCUCCGUCUCGGCGACCCGUCUUGCGUCGACAGCCUUACAAACCUCUUCCCCACCACGAUCAUGGUCGCCCCCCUGGGUUCCGCCGUGGUUAGCCCGCUAACCACCUUCGUCCAAGCGCUGAUGGACGUCGGUUUCGUGACUGAGAGCCAAGCAGAAUCGGCGGUCAGGAACGCUCUGCGGCUGCCAUCGACGGCUCAGAUCACGUCAGGAGAUCCGAUCCAGGGAGUACUGGCGGGAACUGCGGGGAGCUUAGAGGUACUCAAGGCGGUAGGGUAUCUAAACAACGUGGCAGCGCAGUUCGGUUCCCUCCUUGCUGGAGCGACCACAACUCGGUCGCCAUCCGUCGAUCUGGCCCUCUCCCGGUCCGUGUACCGCGCCAUGGCGACCUUCCUCCUCGAAAACCAGGCUCUGCCGUCGCCGGCAAAAGCCAGCCGCGUUCCGUCCUCCGCAUUCGCUGACUCGGCGCCAACCUAUGCUGUGACGUCACUCCUCGACGUCAGCACCUGCUCGGAAUUGGCGGGGUGGCCGGGGAGCUGCUCGGUUGGACCAACCCCGGUCAUGGUUAGCGAAAACCGGGAAACUAACCCGGGCAUGGGAUUGAUCGUUCCACGAAGGGCGGCCGAGCAAGCGAGCCUUUACGACGCAAGCUCCUCGUCAUCCCUGAACCUGACUGACGUCAGCACUCUCGAGGGCAUCGUGGACCUAUCCGUCAGCGACGCCGUUUCCGCGGGAGCCCUUCCGUCCGGCGCCGACGUCAGCGCCAACGUGGCGGCGUCCGUGGUGCGCCUCGCGGCCGCGUCGAACGCGAUGGUGGCCGCGAUCGGCGCGGGCAACGGCACCCAAACCCUCCAAACCCUAAGCCAGGCCGCGGCGACGGCGCGCGGGUCCGUGCUCGACUCGAUCCAAGAGAUGAGCGCCGGAAACAUCACCGUCGCGACUUUCACGGCGAACAGCGCGCCGGAACGGCUGGCGCUGAUCGCAUCCACCAUGCGGGUCGCCGCGGUGACGUCACCAAGCGCGGACGCGCCCGCGAGCGCGCCAGUCGCGCCGCCCCCGCCCGCGGCCGUUGCGCCGGCGGUUACGGUGGUGCAAACGGCGGGAAACGGAGUGUACUUAAUCGGAGGUUUAUUGGUGGGUUUGUUUUUGGUACUGGGCGGAACGAUCGGGUUCAUUUUCUGGAGGUGGCGGCGGAUGCAACUAGAGAGGGAGAAGAAUCCUGACGGCUGGAACGCGGAUACAGUCGGCAGGACUACGCGGGGCUCGAAGCGAUCGCGGUCGAAACGUCGGUCGAGAAAAGUCACGGGCGAAGCGGAAGAGGGAGUAAACUCUGGGGCUCACACGGGAGAGGAGAACGGGGACCGGAAGGAAGGCGAGGAGGAGUUGAACGGGUCCGGAUCGGAGCGGAACGGAACUGUGAGCGAGAGUGUCGUUUCCGACGGGGACGCGAGCGUUACUCAGAGCGAAACAGAGCCUGAGGACCAUGGGCGACGUCACGGCAGAGGCGCCGGACGUCAGCAACGGAUUGACGGAGAGUAUUCCGACGGUUCUGGCGAGUCCGAUGGGCAGUCGGACGAGGAAGACGUCGGCAACCGGUCUCAGAGGCACCGUCAAAAGCAGUCGACACGGGGGAGGCCCCGUUUGGCGAGCGGUCGUCGGUCUUCGGCGGGGGAAAGCGAGAGUGAGGAGCUGGACAAGGCCCUGGUUUUGAACCGGGGCGAGAGCACCGCUGUCCAGCUUUCGAAGAACGGCCGCAGACCGCAGGGUCUAAGAGGAUCUCAAGAGGAACCGGGACUCGAGUCGCAAAACAGCGGUUCGUACAUCUACGCCCCACAACAGAUCAUCAUCAUCAACCAAGGGAACGGCGCCGAAGGCGACGCGCGGCCGCACGCGCGCGGGCAAACCCCUCAAACCCCGAGGUACGGGCCGCAGCGCAACGUGCCGCAGAUCGCGGCGACCACAACCGCGACGCUCGCGCUCGAGGCGGCGCCGCACAAUGCUGACGAGGAGCCCUACGUCACGGUGCCGUCAGAAGACGACGGGAGGGGCAAUGGGUUCUCGGUGACAGAGGUAAUGGACGAGUCCGCUUCCGAGAGCGCAACGGACGGAUCGGAACGGUUGGAAUGGGCGAAACGGAUGGUGAGUUCGCCCCGAGCCGGCGCAGAGCUGUCAGGUGACAGUAAGGGAAAGCUGGUUAACCAAACCUCGCCUUCGGUCAAGGAGAGCUUUUCCACGACGGAAGACGGAUCGCUCUUUAGCACGUCGUUGUCGCCACCCUACGUGAACCAAUCUCCUCCGCCCGCCUCAAGAAAAAAAGUUCCGACAAGCAAACCGGCGCCUCCCUCACAAAAGGCUAUGCCCGUCAACGAGAGCUUUGCGCCUACAGAAAAUGAACUCAUGGUUAGCACGGUCAGUGCCCCGGUUGGCGGCAACCCACCUCGGGUUAGGCAGAACCCAGAGCGCGCCCCGGUUGACAACGUUCCGGUCCGCCAAAAACCAACGCAGCCGCGAAACGCUCAACCGGUGCAAGAGAGCUUUUUGGUCGCCGAAACCUCUAGCGGCAGCCUACCGCAAACGAGAGCGGCUCCUGCGAAGAAACCGGUGUCCGCUUCCCCGCAAGCCACGAGAACCGCGCCAGCUUCUGAUGGGCGGCGGCCCAAUGACGGUGCGCCACGUGAGCAAGACGAGCCCGGGGUUCAGGGUUUGGGACCCGCGCGAGCCGCGUCGCCCGCGAAGAGGCCGGUCCCACAAAGGGCGGCCCCGGUUCCUACCGGGCAGGUUCCGCCGCUCUCCGGGCCAGGCGCUGCGCCCACCGGGGCUGCCAUCAGGAAGCCGGUGUCCUCCCCGAUCAGGCCUGACUCCGCUCCAGCCAGGCCGGAUUCCGCUCCCAUCCGACCGGCCGGCGAAGGCGCCCCGAGGGUCGCGGCGCCCAGGCCGCAAAGCGCAGUGGCGCCCGGCGACACGUUGAGCUCAAACGCGCGGCAGCCGUCGCCCAAAAAACAAAUUGUCCGGGCCCCUUCAAAGCCGGCAUGGGAGGAGAGCCAGACGGUCGAAGGCGGGGAGUUCCGACCGGUAGAAGGGGUCGGGGGAGCCGGGACUAGUGGAACUGAUCGGAAAGUAAGCCCGGUGCGUACCAAAAGCGGAGGGAAUACCGCGGGGGCGAAGCAGCCGUCACCCCCGCAGAAGGGGGUUCCGGUCACGCACGCGCGGCCCCCCCCAACGGCGUCGACCAGCGCGUUCACAUUCGAAGUCGAUGCGCCGGAGGAAGGAUCCGGUAGCCAAUUGAAUCGCUCUCCAAGCGGGAAGACGGCAGCUCGACCCGGUUCUGCAAACCCGGCUGCCCCUAACCCUCCCGCUUCAAGCGGGUUCGCGUCGAUCUCUCUCGCGUUGAUGAAGAAGGGCGCGCCCCCUGACGUCAGCAAGCAGGCGUCGAAAGGACGUCAGCCGGGGUCGCGCAAGGAGCCGGUGUUGGAGCGACAGGCGAGCACUGAGAUACCCGUCACAGUCCUCUCUGCUAGUCGGAGCAAGACUCCUCAGAGGGGGGAUCCGUCGCAGGCACAAGAGCCCCCCAGCCCGCGGACUAGGGAUAUGAUGAGCGCGGCUGGUAGCGACCAAAGCGCUCGGGUUGGCUCCCCGAGAGCCGUUCCUGGAGGAGGGGCGACCAUCAAGCGUGCCCCGGGGCCGCCCGGAGGAGCGAACGGGAAAAGUGCGCCCGUUGCCGACGUUGUGAUUGACCUUAGUCGCAAAGGUGCGAGGUAGCUUUGAAUUCAGUAGAUGAUGAGAUGGUCUUGUGUGGGCAGUCAAAAUUGCAUGUGAUCUGGUUGGCCAAGCUCUGUUUUGGGCAGAGCUCUUGCGACAGCUUUAGGCUGGAGGUCAACGAAGCAGUUAGUAACGCGUCUUGCACAGCUCUUGCACAGCUCCUGCAAGAACUGCUGCUCGUGUAGAGCUUUUCCUGAACAAGCUGCAGAUAACAUCUUGAAGCUCCUCCGAC